CCUGUCUCGUGUGUAAGGGACAUGGAGGGAGCCAGGUGUGGGAGGUUGGGGGUGAGGGGAGUCUCCUAGAAAACCCACUGAACCAGAGGCACAGGAGAACUGAGUUCUGGGAAGCUAAGACCACUGAGCAGCUGAAACAGAAGGGCUUCUACAAAGGAGAGAGGGUGGUACUCGGGUAGGGGCAAUGGAGGGCGCUGGUCAGCUUUGUUUAGCGCUUGGCACCUCAUCCUGCAACUCAGCAAUUCAGCCUGCCCCUGGGCAGAGGGUUGUUUGCUCCCCUCACGAGAGAAUCGAAGACACAGUUAGGCCUGUCCAUACAGGCCCCGCGGAGAUCACGUGGACUCUCUCUACUCAGACUGGUGCCAUGGCUAUGGAGAACAGCCCACUGACCACUCACGUGCUAGACACUGCCUCGGGGCUCCCUGCCCAAGGCCUCUGCCUCCGGUUGUCUCGCCUGGAGGCCCCUGGCCAGCAGUGGAUGGAGCUGAGGACGAGCUACACAAACCUGGAUGGUCGCUGUCCUGGGCUCCUGACACCAGGCCAAAUAAAACCAGGCACCUACAAGCUGUUCUUUGACACGGAGAGCUACUGGAAGGAGAGGGGUCAGGAGAGCUUUUACCCAUAUGUAGAGGUUGUUUUCACUAUUGCACAGGAGACCCAGAAGUUCCAUGUACCUCUGCUGCUGAGCCCAUGGUCCUACACCACCUACCGGGGGAGUUAAAGUGGCGCGUUACCCGAGGAAAGCCAUCUGUCUGCCUGGCCACCUACGGACGUGGCCAUCAAGGGACGUGAAGUUGCUGCUUGCUGAAGAGAUGCUAGCUGCCCUGGAGUUUCCUAGCGGGCAGCUGUGACUUGGGUGUCAAUAAAGUGAGUUCCAACACCUGCA